CUUAAAGAUAUGCUAGUUAGGGCUAAACUUCAUAGUGAGGGGGCAGGGGUUUCGCAUAACAAGGGUUGUACUCCGUGUGGCAAGUCUCGGUGUCAAGUGUGUAAUGUUAUGUGUGACAUUGAUACUUUCACUUCCCAUAUAACUGAUAAGGAAUAUAAGAUAAAUUUUUCGUUUAAUUGUGAUUCGUCCAAUGUUGUGUAUCUUAUGGAAUGUAAAGUAUGUGGUGUACAGUAUGUGGGUAGCACUUGCACGCCUUUUAGGCUUAGGUUUAAUAACUACAAGGCGUGCAAUCGUAAGCUUAUCGGGGGCUCUUCGGGUGUACCUCAGGCUGAUUUUUUCCGGCAUUUUGCAGGGAAGGAUCAUCAUGGGUUUCUCGAAGAUAUAAAAGUUACUAUUAUAGAUAGACUUAAUGGGAAUGGUAGGAUACGUGAAAGUUUCUGGCAGUAUAAGUUAGAAACUUUUGCGCCCCGGGGCCUUAAUAUUAGGUUAGUUGACACAUAGUUUUAUUUUUAUUUCCUAUCUUUUUGUUUAUUUUCUCCUUGUUACUUUUGUUUAUUUUUAUUUUUUCCACGUUUUCUAUCUACUUUCUUCCUUUUCUUUGCAUUCUAUAUUUAUUAUAUUUAUUUACCUAGUUUCUUAUUUUUUUUGGGACAGACAGCAUUUACCGUUCCUUUUCCUUGGACCUUUCUGCAUGCUAUACCAUCUGCUAUCACACUUGUUCUAUUGUUCUUUGAUCUAUUGUAUUUAUCCAUCUUUUCUCACCUCCGGCUGUGCUUAGAAACUAUCAUUAUGUUGUUAAAUUAGCUAUUAUUGUUCUUGCUUGUAAAAUGUGUUACUUUUUGUUCUUUUGUUCCGUAUUCCUUAUUUUACGCUCCAGAUGUAUGUGUUAGUUAUUCUGAAGAAGCUUAUAGCGAAACGUCAACCAAGUUGUUUUUUUAUUGAGUAUCUAUAUAUAUAUAUAAAUAUAUUGUACAGUUGAAAAGACGUGUACACUAGUAAAAAUGCAAAUUAUAUUUAUAUACAUAUAUUGAUGUUUACUAAUUCCAAAAGCAUAUAGUUUGUUUGCAUUUUUUCUAUCACGAUUCAGAAAAUCAUAUAUUUUUUAGGCACAUCAUUGCAAUCUUCCACUUUAAUGAAAAUCUGAGUAGGGAGAUACAGACUCGUAAAGAUGGAGAGAAAUAUGUGAGGAUGCAUUAUCCUAAAUUCAAGUUGGGUGAUGAGAUCGUGAGGAAGGUUCCAGUCCCAGCAACAUACAGUUAUGUGGAAGAAAUUCAAAAAGUUGUUUUUGGUAUGCCUGAGUUCGAGAUGGAAAAAAUUAUUAAGGAAGCAGAAGCAAAGAUGCCUAGCUCUUUGACCUCAAUGUUUGAAAAUAGGAUUUCAAAAGAAAAGGCAUUAGAAAAAGCAAGACAACGACAAACACUGACAACCCUGCCUUAUCCAUCAGUCCAUGAUCAAGAACAAAUUGAAAUUGAGGAGAGCAAAAGACAAGAAACUGAAGCAGCUGCCAAACAGUUUGGUGAAAAAAAGCAAGCCACUGUAAAACAUGUGGCCAACCAAUGAAAGGUCAUUCAAAGAAGUCAUGCCAUGGGGCACAUUAAAAUUUUCUUAAUUUUCAGCAGUUAUUGAACUUUAACGCUAAUCAGUACAUAUAAAGUUUCAGAAAUAAGUACAGAAAAGAAGCUUCAUGCAAGUUAUUUCCAGAAAAAAACAUUUCCAGAAUUACAAAAUGCUCAAUAAGAACUUUUAGGCCUACCUUUUUAUUGUCUUUCCUCAGAAUCUUUAUACCCUUUUUAUUGAUGUGCAUCGCCAUACUUAGUUCUUAUGUAUGUGUAUAUACAGGCAGGAAGGGGGCGUGCUUUGUCCCAACUAAGGUACCCAAAAAUCCACCUCACAACCCAUCUGUAUGCAACUGCACGGAGAUACCUAUAGAACAAAAACUUUACGACUUUAAAACAUUGUAUGAGUAAAACAUUGUAAUCGACUUUCAAACAGCUAUAAUUUCGAAAGUAAGUCGCAAAUGAAAAAACUAAGUUCACCAUUGUUCCCAGCGAUGUUUCUUUGAUAGUUUAAGCGAAUAAAAAUUUUCGUGUCAUAUGCACUUUAAUUUCUCUAGCAAUGACAACAAAGUCUUCAGCCUUGAGAAAUGGCUCUUUUGGCAAAGAAUAAUGAUUCCUCUCAAUGUGAACUUCUAGGCCACUUUUUGAUCGGCAGAUUCGUUGACACAAAUUGCAAGGAAAUUCUUGCGCACCAAUCAGUUCAAUAAUAUCAUCGUCCGAAAUGAAUGUGGUAGGAAGACUUUCAUCAUCAAAAACAAAAUCAAUAAUUGAAAUAAGCGAAUCUGAAAAUGUAAAUUCUUUCUUCAAUAAAACAUCUUGAGAAAUGGCUUCGAUUUCACUCACUUCACUGUUUGUCGCCAUUGCUAUAGAAAACCUUAUUGGUUCGUUGUGUCAGAUUUCCAUAUAAUUGAAAAUAAAUGUUCAGGUUUAUAAUCAAUCUUCUUACAGGUUCAUACAGUGAAUCCAUUUUUCAGAACCAAAAACAUCCUAGAAAGCUUGGAAUUGAGAGAAGCAUCCUCAAUGAAAAGAAACUGCCACGCCAAAUAGAGCUUCCCGACUCAUCUUUAAUAGAUGUCAGCAUUGAUAGUCUCCAGCAAAUAUUUAGUGAUGCUGCAUGGGAAAAAGUUAAAUCAAUGAGUAAGUUCAUAUUCCAAUUUUAAUUAUUUUAGACAUCAGAGAUGAGAUGGUUUCAAUUAUAAGUCUAGAACUUUUAAAACUUUAGAAAUUCAUUCCACUACUUUAAGUAUUUCUUGAAACGAUAUGCAAUCAUUCAUACAGAUAACAAAACAGAAGUUACUAUCUGCUUCAAUAUUUUACUUUCAGUUGAAAAUUUGAAAAUGACUGGACAUGUGCAAGAUGCAAUACCCCCCAGUAUACAGAAAUGAUAAUGUGUGACCUGUGUAAAGAUUGGUAUCACUGGUAAGCAUAGCUUGAGAUGUACAUUGCAAUUUAAAUUGAAAAAAGAGCCGCAGGCAGACAAUUCGACAUGUAUUGCAUAGAUUUAAUCUUCAAAAUGUUUUAAUUUUUACUCGAUUUUAAAUUGUUUGCCGUACCUGAUUCAUAUAAAAGUUGAAAUGUUUUUUAUAUAUUUGAUAUUAAAAUGCAAGCUACAUUUUGUAACAGUAACAAAUGUUAUUCAAACUGAAUUGUAUUUCAAUUACCAUUAUCAACAACAAUUGGAACAAACAAAAUUUCAAAAAUUUCAGCAAAUGGUUUUCUUGCAAACAUACGGUAAGACUGUUAACAAUUUUUAUAAUCUCUUGUGCAUUUGCUAAAGAAUGACUUUCUCCCUUACCAUAGGAAAUGUGUCAGUGUGCAAAAACAAAUAAUUGGUGGCUGGUUUUGUGGUUGUGCAGAUGGAAAAUGAUCUGCAAAGGAACUGAACAUUCUAUGUGUGCGAAAACAAAAAAUUGGCCAAAGGUGCUGUUGAUUUGAGAACAAAAAUGAGAUGAUGUUUAGGAAGUGAACAUUCUAUUUUGUUGUGUUUACUUUGAAAAAUUACAGAUCUCACAGGCCCCACAUCUUUUGAAGCCAUCAACAG